AUGGAGAAUGCUAAAGCAGCUACAACUCCUCUCUCACAAAGCUUCAAACUUUCUAAGGAACAAGCUCAUAAAACUGAGCAGGAAGCACUUGAGAUGUACAUGUCAGAUCCUAAGAAAGAACAUUGGAAUGCUCUCAGGUGGAUUCUAAGGUACAUGAGUAGUACUAGUAGCUGGGGUGUGCUGUUUAAAGGUUGUGAUAAGGAGAGUGAGGAAGUUGUGGUGAGAUAUUGUGAUGCUGAUUAUGCUACAAACCUUGACAACAGGAAGUCUCAAGCUGGUUACUUGUUUACUAUGUUUGGAACCGUGGUCAGUUGGAAGUCUGGGUUGCAAAGUGUUGUUGCUUUGUCAACAACAGAAGCAGAGUAUAUGGUUCUUACCUCAGCUGUGCAAGAGAGUUUUUAG